UCGUGUAUCGCAUGUGCUGCCAAAUGGGAGACUAUUUCAUGGAGUUUUUGCCAUAUUUUAGCCUUAAUUUUGAUUAGAUUUGUACAAAGUUUUAAUCAAGGGGGUGUAGUACAACAUGGGGGAACAGCCUGGUGCUGGAAGAACGCAUUCUUUUAAGAUAAAAGGACAUUCUCGACAAAGAAGAGCAGCGAAACCGUAUUCUCGACCAUCUGAUCGCAAUAAGGGAGUUUUGGAAUCGGUCAGGGAUUUUUUCUCUCCUUCGUGGCUGUUGGACUUUUGGAAAGGUAAAAAUGUAGUUGAAGAAGAUGAAAGUGAAGAUUUUGACGAUGAAAACAGUGGAGAAGAACCUGCAGGAAUUAGUCAAGACUUUGGUUCAUCAUCUAGAGUUAUGGAAAGAGCAGGACCGUCUACAUCAGAACGAGUAUCAGAUACGAGACAAGAACUUUUAGGUAAUGGUGGACCGGGAUUUAUGGCUUCUGCUCAAAAACGUUCACGUACAUCCCAAAAGUCAGGACUUUCGGCUCUGUUAGCUUUAAGGCCAAGGGAGCCUUUGAACAAGAAAGCGUUAGAAACUAAAACGACAGCGUUUGCUUCAAGCACUGGCGAAUAUUCAAGGUCAAAUGAGUAUACAAGUUCUUAUAUGGAGUCAGUCGAAACCAAAGAGGGAGAAUCAUUAACACAUGAGUCAAGAAAAACAAUAUCAGAAUCAGGGCCAUCACCAAUACUGUCAUCAUCUCAAAGUAAACCUGGAUCAUCAUUAUUUUUUGGUGCAAGAAGAACAUCAACUGAAUCAAGGCCAUCACCACUGCUGUCAUCCUCUCAAAGCAAACCUGGACCAUCACCAAUUUUUGGUACAAGUCUCACACCAGGAGCAUCUAGUACACCAGUAUCCUCGCAACCCACCCCAGGACCGUCAUUGCUUUCGACUGAGAGAUCAUCAUCAAGACAUCAACCUACUUCAGUGUUUCGUAGUAAACCUGAAUUUUCUCUAUCAGCUUUUGGAUCUGUGUUGCCAUCAAGAUCUAAUUUACAAACUCAGCGAUAUUCUUCACCAUAUUACUCAGGAAAGACUAUUUUUGGUGGUGCAAGCUCACAAGCGUCAUCCAAAAGAGCCAGGACUUCAUCUCCUGGUAGUGCAGAGGCUUCCAAACCUGUCAAAAGACAAAUCAGACCAACUCCUAUUGCUGGAACAAGUGGUGGUGGAGUUACCAGUCAAACUGCUAAAAGAAUACUGGAAACUUUAGAAAGAAUGUCUUCCCCUCUAGAAGAUGCCAAGAAAAUCCCACCAUCUCCUCCCUUUGCUACUUCGUCUUCUCCACUUUCAUUCUCGAGUAAAAGGCGAAAAGCUCCUCCACAGCCUUACAACAAACCUAUUGGAUCACCUAGAAAAUUACAGGUUUGUUUGUUUGUUUGUUUUUUUCAUUUUUUGCUAACCAACUAUAUGUCCAAGAACUUUGAAAAUAACACAUCAAGCUCAGCCAAAAGUCCUGCAUYUAAUUCAUUUGACAAAUUCAAACCAGCUGAAGGCUCCUGGGAAUGUUCAACAUGUAUGGUGAAUAAUAAACCUCAAGAAUUAUCUUGUGUUGCUUGUUCAACACCAMAACCACCACCAACAAAACCCAUGGAAACAACAACAAAAUCCCUUUCUACCAAACAAAMYUCAAAUGACUUGUUUAAACAAUUUCAACCACCAAGUGGAUCUUGGACUUGUAGUAGUUGUAUGUUAACUAAUAAACAACAAGACCAGAAAUGCAUUGCUUGUGAAACACCCUCAACUACAGACAAACAAAAACCASAGUUAGUUCAGCCUAAAAAUACUUUGUUGAAACAGUUUGCUGCUGCAAGCGAUUCAUGGGAAUGCCCUGACUGCAUGUUGAUCAACAAGGCUCAAGAUUUGCAGUGUGUAGCAUGUCAAGCAAAAAAACCUGGAGAGAAGUCAUCUAAAACAACAGACAAUUCAUUAUCAAAACAAUUUACACCUGCUGAGGGAUCAUGGACUUGUGAUACUUGUAUGAUAGUAAAUAAAUCUGAUGCUGUAAAAUGUAUAGCUUGUGAGACUAGUAAACCAGGCUCAUCCACUAAACCCUCAUCUUUYACGUCAGGCUUCAAAGUUUCAUCAGAAAACAAGUUUCAUAAUAGUCCUUUUAAAUUUGUGCCAGUGGACAAUAAGGACAGUARGAAGGCGAUUUUUGGAGGUUCUUCAUCCAGUAGUUCUGAUCCAUUCAAGAUGGCUGCAACUUCAAUAUCAACUACACCAUUUGCUUUUGGUGCRUCUACAACAAGUAGUAGCUCAGAAACGUCCUUCACAUUUGGAUCCACAACAACUACGUCCAGUAAAGUUCAGUUUGGAUCAACUGAUUCUUCUAAUUUCAAAUUUGGUUCCAGUGAAGAAAGCACAAAGUUGAAACCUACUUUUCAGUUUGGAAAAGGAACAGAGUCUAAGUCAACUGAUGCUGCAACUACCUUUAAGUUUGGAUCAACUUCAGAUUCAACAGCAAAGCAACCUACUUUUGCAUUUGGUUCAACAGCAAAGUCAGACAAACCUGAAAACCCCUUUACAUUUGGUGGAAACAGAAUAGAUGCAAAGAAUCCUACUGUUACAAAGGAAUCUCCCAAGAAACCAGCUGCACAGGAACCCCUGAAAGCUGGAAGUAUUGCACAGGCUGCUGCUGCAGGUCUGUUAAAAAUCCCUUCUUCAACUGUGGAUGUUGUAGACCUGACCUCAGAUGUAUCAAAGCCUGAUUUACCCAAAGAAACUAUUGAAGCUGUUGCACCACCAAACGUGAACCUUUUUGGGAAAAGUAUUGCAAGCCCUGCUAAACCAAUUUCUUUACCAAAAGCAACUGAGGCUAAACCACAAGCCACAGCAUCUCUUGCACCUUUGCCAUUUGCUUUUGGGGCACCGCCAUCUGUUACUAAGCCAGAGGAAGACCCUGCAAAAGCCAUUCCAUCAUUUGCCUUCCAACCAAGUACCACAGAUUCUAGUACUAUUCCUAAAUUUGGUGAACUGACUUCACCAGCAGUAACAACAUCUGCACCGAUACAAGGAUUCCAGUUUGGUUCAUCYAUAAACUCGAAGACAACUGCUACAGGUGGUGGAGCUCAGCUUGGAUUCACUGGACCUCCUCAACAAGGAAAUGUCUUGACAGGAUUUUCAAAUGCAACAAAGAAUACAACSACAGSUUCACCAUUUGUAUUCAAGGGAACUGGUGAUAGUACUGAAAAUAAACUCUCCACAUCAAGUACUGSGUUUGGAUUUGUGCCACMUUCUGGUAAUGGUGGCUUUUCAUUUGGUGGAASUASCAAAUCUUCAACAACUAGUGAGASUCCAGCUCCYUUYGUGUUUGGUGCYGUGGAAACACAGAAACAAAGUGGAUUCACUUUUGGUUCUUCUUCUCAACAACCAUUUGCUUUUGGAAGUUCAAACGCAAACCCUCAAGCGAGUGCACCUUCAACAGUUUCUGAGGAAAGUAUGGAUGCUGAUGGGAACAACAACAACAAUCAGCCACCAGUGCCAUYGUUUGGGUCGACCUUAGCCCCAGCAACACAGACUGCUGCUCCUUUUAGUUUCACCGCAGCCCCAGCCAAUGCUGGAUUUAAUUUUGGAAAUGUUCAACAACCUGCAUCAUUCAAAUUUGGAGACUCUAGUUCCAAUCCACCAAUCUUUGGUGGCUCGUCAGCACCUGCAUUUGGUGCUACCACAGGAAACCCAGUACAACAAGGUGCUAGCAGUGGAUUUAAUUUUGGCACACCAACCACUAACAACACUGGUGCACAAUCAGGAGGGUUCAACUUUAGUGGAGGAUCUUCUAGUGCUUUUACUGCAGGUACAGGGACUGCUACAAGAAGAGUUAUCAAACGAGGGAUACGAAGAACUAGGAAAUAAACAAACUAAGGGAUAYCACCAAUAAAUAACGAUACUUUGUKAUGAUUGUAAUAACWUGACCAAUUACGACCAAAAAAACGACGCAUCCAAUCAUGUAUUUUUUUGAGCCAAGGAAACAUUCCAGUAUGAAUAUGGAAACUGGCAAAAUGAACAGCACUAAACGGUACCAAGCUGUUAUUUGAUUGGUGCUUUUUACAUGCUAAAUGUUGUGUUGAGAAAAGAAUGUUUCAAGAAAAAGAAUCCAAAUCUAAAAUGUACGCUAAAUAUUGACCAUAAGAUAGUAAAUAGUCUUAAUAUUGUGCGAUUAUGGCACAUUUUCAGUAUUUGUAUUCUGCAUCUUUGAAGCAAASCCCCAAAUAUUUAAGCUAAAAAUGAAUUCUCAGUAGAUAUAAGUCUCACCAGGGAAAAACAGGGGAAUUUUUGUAAUUAAAUACGACCAUGUAAAUUACAAGUGAUAAAUUAUAAUGACAGACACGAAACCAUUUUGCUAUUUUAUCGCAUUUAUUCUUAACAAAUGAAAUUUAAAGUUUUCAAUCCUCCUGCAUAUGGGACAGUCACGUGAUUCAUGUGAUAUUUUCAAAAAAUGCUGCGAGGGGGAAGAGGGAUCUUCGAGAAAUAAGAUGGCAGAAUUUUUAGGGGGAAGUUUUUACUUUAGUUAGGAGUAUUUGAAAUUUAAGCGUUUGUAAAUAUAAAUUGGCUAUCUUUUGUACAAAUUCAUGAAAUUUAUAAAGUAUUCUGCCAUGGAAGUUUCUCUAGGAUUCUUGAAGUAAAAAUAAAUAGUCAAUAUUUUACCUAACAGAGAGAGUGUAAACAGGAUAUCAACCAAGAAAAAUGUUUAGUUGAUUCCUCUUAUCUUAGCUACAGAUAUCCUAAUAAAGUUCAAUCUUUAUGUUCA